GAAGCUGCCGGGCGCCUUCCUCUUGCAUCUCGGCUGCCGCUCGCUCCUGUUCCCGCGCCCGCUUUGCACAUCCUCCCUCCGCUCGCGCGGUCCCGCUGCCGCUCGGUGCUCCCCGGCGCCGCUCGGGCCGAAAGGUUUUAAAAUGGAACAUUUUGAUGCGUCACUCAGUACCUAUUUCAAAGCAUUGCUAGGCCCCCGAGAUGCAAGAGUGAAAGGAUGGUUUCUCCUGGACAAUUACAUACCCACAUUUGUCUGCUCUGUCAUUUAUUUACUAAUUGUAUGGCUGGGACCAAAAUACAUGAAGAAUAAGCAGCCAUUCUCUUGCCGGGGAAUUCUAGUGGUUUAUAACCUGGGACUCACCUUGCUGUCUCUCUAUAUGUUCUAUGAGUUGGUGACGGGUGUAUGGGAAGGCAGAUACAACUUCUUCUGUCAAGGGACACGGAGCGCGGGAGAAUCAGAUAUGAAGAUCAUCCGCGUCCUCUGGUGGUACUACUUUUCCAAACUCAUAGAAUUCAUGGAUACCUUCUUCUUCAUCCUUCGCAAGAAUAACCACCAGAUCACAGUCCUGCAUGUCUACCACCAUGCUUCCAUGUUCAACAUCUGGUGGUUUGUGAUGAACUGGGUUCCCUGCGGCCAUUCUUAUUUUGGUGCAACCCUCAACAGCUUCAUCCACGUCCUCAUGUAUUCCUACUAUGGCCUGUCCUCGGUCCCUUCCAUGCGUCCCUAUCUCUGGUGGAAAAAGUACAUCACUCAAGGGCAGCUGGUCCAGUUUGUGCUGACAAUCAUCCAGACCAGCUGUGGCGUCAUCUGGCCUUGUUCCUUCCCCCUCGGGUGGUUGUAUUUCCAGAUUGGAUACAUGAUUUCCCUGAUUGCUCUGUUCACUAACUUUUACAUUCAGACUUACAACAAGAAAGGGGCCUCUCGGAGGAAAGAGCACCUGAAGGGUCACCAGAACGGCUCCAUGACCGCUGUCAACGGGCACACCAACCGCUUCCCCUCCCUGGAAAACAAUGUGAAGCCCAGGAAGCAGCGGAAGGAUUGACAAGGCGGAGCCAAAGCCUCCGGACCACGGCGUGUGAUUGUAAGCACAGUAUAAGUUGUGCCCCGACGCUUGUAACAGCUGCUGUCACUAGUCUGGCCGACGUAGUGUGACUUAUGUAGGACCUUCUUCAUCAGUUCCAAACCCCUAGACCAUGUAUACAGAUUAUACAAGUAGGCAUACGAUUUUCUCACAUUUCUGGGCUCUCCUCGACCCCCGCGCUAGACUGUGGAAAGGGAAUGUUAUUGUAGAAUACGACACUGCUGUUGCCUUAUUAGUUCUAACACGAUAGGUGCUGAAUUGUGGUUCACAAUUUAAAACACUGUAAUCCAAACUCUUUUUUUUUUUUUUAACUGUAGACCAUGCAUGUGAUUGUAAAUGUAAAUUUGUACAAUGUUGUUAACAGUAGAGAAACACACAUGCCUUAAGACUUAAAAAGCAGGGCCCAAAGCUUGUUAGUUUAAUUAGGGUAUGUUUCAACUUUGUAUUCAUUUGUAACAGCUCUGUUUAGAAGAAUCAGAUAUGUGACUUAUGAAACUAAAUGUGUGAUGUGUAACUUCAAGUGACUCGGAGAUGGGAAAUCUGGCGGCACCUUUGGUUUUUAUAAUGCCGGCUCUUCAUAAGCAGGCUCAAGUCUAGUGGAACAGUCAGUUUAACUUUUUAACAGAUCUUAUUUUUUUAUUUUGAGUGCCACUAUCGAUGUGUUUCAAGAGGUGGGGGAAAGGGUCCAAAGCAGUCGGGAGACGCUUGCAUAUCUUCUUAGCCCCCCCGCCCGGAGUCUAGGGCGACUGUAGGGUGAGGAGGCCACUUUUCAUUUCUGAAGUGCUUGAUGUUUUUUAUACAGGAGACAAAAAGUCCGUUCUACUUCCCGCCACUUUGAGAGAGGAGAAAUACCUUUUAGGAAAGGUGAUGAGACACUUACCAUGUGACAGUCACAUAGACCAGCGAUGGGGAACUGGUUGCCUGGGUCCAAAUUUUUUUAUUGCUUUCUGUAGUGCUAUUUUGACAUAUACUUCUUUUUAAAAUGUGCCUAAUUUACCAAACCUUACCAAGAGACCAGGAAGCACCUUAAGCAUUUUGAGGUAAAAUUAAAGAGGUUGCUAGAGCAUAAAGGAACCGGACAUUUGGGGAGUGAUCGCUUUAUUCAGUGUAAAUCACGGCAGCAUCUGUAAUUCUUUUCUGCUUAGCGUCUAAGGAUUGUUUUAAAGCGCUCAUUAAAAGUAACAGACUGCUUAUCCUAAAGUCGUGUCUCGUACGCUUGAGGCGUUGGUCAUGUAAGUGGGGACUCUUAUAUGUGUCAUUUUUAAAGCCUUUGAAUACCUUCUGCAUUGAGAGAGAGAAAAAAAAAAAAACCUCAUCGAACCACUCACGACACCUCCUAGAAGAUGAUUGACAAUGUAUAAACUAAUUGUGGGUUUGAUAUUUAUGUAAAUAUCAGUUUACCAUGCUUUAAUUUUGCACAUUCAUAUUGUGAGGAGCCAAAUGGUCCUAAUUAGUCUCGUGAGUUUUCUGUUUGGAAGGAGUCGCAGCAUCUGUUUACAUUUACCUCACCCAAUCUAGAAUGUGUCUAUUUGUGCGUGUGUUCAUCUUAGGUACUGGUUUGCAGGUGUCUACGUAUUUCAGUACAAAAACUAUUAACAUUCAAUAGUGUGCUGUCAGAGUGUGCUUAGCUCAUUGGCUAUACCCACAACGUUAAAUAAUGUCUAAACAUUAAUCAUUAAAACAUUUUUGAUUACCA